UGGUCCGGAAAUCCCGUGAUAAAAAGAGGGAGUAGUGAAAGUAAAGGCACUGUGGGCUCGUCCGUUCCCCGCUACUGGCUCACCGUCGCGCCCGAACCCUAUUGGAAGGAGAGAACUUCUUACGUCCGCUCCUACAUCCUUCAAACAGAGGCUUUCGCUUCUGAGGCACACAUGGAAUUGGCUACAGAGGGUGCUUGAUCUACUGAGAAAAGAAGAAGAGCAGUUUUUUUUUUUGCUUUCGCUGCGACUUAAAGGGAACGCAGAACUGCGGAGCGCAGCCACCGAGAAAGGUACCCCCUCCACUCACCCCAAACCCCCUCUUUGAAAAGGACGACGCUGUCCAAGCUGCAGGCUGAACCUCAGGAAUUUGUCUCCACCUGACUUGCAUGUGAGAACUGCUCUGGUGGGAAGGAAUCUAAAGCCAUCAUCAUGGAAUUUGUAAUGAAACAAGCUUUAGGAGGGGCUACCAAAGACAUGGGGAAGAUGUUAGGAGGAGAGGAAGAGAAAGAUCCUGAUGCUGCCAAGAAAGAAGAAGAACGACAGGAAGCGCUCCGACAGCAGGAAGAAGAAAGGAAAGCGAAAUAUGCCAAGAUGGAGGCUGAACGGGAGGUUGUGAGGCAAGGGAUUCGGGACAAGUAUGGCAUUAAGAAGAAGGAGGAAAGAGAAGCAGAGGCCCAAGCCGCUCUGGAAGCAAAUGCAGAAGGCAGCCUGACACGUCCCAAGAAGGCCAUCCCGCCGGGCUGUGGAGAUGAGGACGAGGAGGAAGAGGAAAGCAUCCUAGAUACCGUUAUUAAAUACCUGCCAGGUCCACUCCAGGAUAUGUUUAAGAAGUAAACUGCAACAGACUGCCAGCCUGUCCAUGGACAGUAAAGCAAUGGAUUUCUCAUUGACCAAUGGGGAAUUUAGACUUACCACCACCUCUCACGCCCCUUCCCUUCCCAUGCUCUGCUCCAAUCCCAGCCAUUCCCUUGAGCCCCACCCUCCCUUCCAUUCCUGAUUUUGUACAUCCUCACUUCUAGACGAUGCCUCCAAAGGGAUGGAAAAGAUUUAAUGAGCUGCAGUCUACACAACUUUUUAUCCUUAUUAUUAUUAUUAUUCUAAAGCCAUAGUUUUACAUGUGUUUUUAAAUGAAAGGACAGGUGUUUUUCUUAUACAGAGAAAGGGAGAGGGGCACAUUUGGUUUGCCUCUUCCAGAAAGAAGAAAGCUUCAGCCAAAGCGAGCUACAGGUAGUUUCUCCCUGCCCAGGAAAAGUCUAAGAAGGAAUUAGGCUGUCCCCAACACCACAGCGUAGGAGAGAGAAAUAACAGAGUGGAAUGUAGUCGUUUCUUAGUCUUGACAGUCUCUGAAAAAAAAAGCCAUCCAUGUUUCAGUACAAGUAGUCCUCGUUUAGUGACUGCCUUGUUUGGUGACCAUUCACAUUUAUGAUGGUGACAAAAAAAAAGUCGCUUUGCGAUCCAUCUGCACAUUUUCAAUCUUUGCAAGUUUGUAAAGGAAAAGGAAGCUGAAGGAAGAUUGUAAGCAUAGUUGCGGGUUCAUGUAACGACCGCUUUGCUUUACGACAACAGAAUUGCCCGUCCCAAUUGUGGUGGCUAACGAGGACUAGCUGUAACUUUUAUGAUGCCUAUGAAAACAUUUGACUGUGUAUGUUCCUUUCUUUUCCCUUUCCCCUUUCCUUCUCUUUUUGAUUCUCCUCCCACCGUGUGAUUUUGUUUGCCCUCAUCACAUACCGGUACCUUAAGACAUAAGAAACAUAUCCUUUUGUUGUUGUUGUUGUUGUUGUUGUUGUUGUUGUUUUACUUUGUCACUUACUCUUACACACAAUCCACAUGUUAAGUUUUGAUUCCUGAUUGUCUGGGAUCAUUCAUGUGAUUUCUCAGUGAUGCAUUAUCCUCAGUCUCCAUUUAAUUUUUUUACCCCUACCUAUUGUCACUUGGGGGGGGGGGCAAAACUAUUGAUCAUUGUCCCAAUUAAUAUAUCUUUUCUAAUCACUGUAUAAAGUUAAGCUCAGAAAACUGAAGUAGAAGUAGAAGCCAGAACCAGAUGGGAAGGGAAAGAGAAGGCAGAGCAGCAGAACAUCUGGCAAGGGGGUGGUUGUAACUUCAACAAAAAAAUGGAAUAUUCUCCAAAAUACAGCUCCAAUGAUGAAAUAUUCAUCUCCAUCAUCUAACCUUUUUAAUCACAACAUGGGUGACUAUUCAGCUCUAAAUGAGAGAAAUUUAUCUUCUAAAUGAGAGAAAUUAGUAGGUUAUACAUUAAUCGUAAAGUAUUCACAUUUUAUGGAAGAGAGUAGUCAGAAAUAUGUUUUACUCCAAGUGCAUAUGGGAUAGAGAGGCCCACCUGUACUUUUUCAAUAAGGAUCAAAGCUAUCAAAUGCCUUUUAAGUUUAAAAGCUGUUUUCACAUCCUAUAACUUGUUUUCCCCUUCUAGCAUAAUCCUGAGGGGACCAAGAAGAGCCAGGUUCAACUCUAAAAGUCAGCAACAUCCUUAGGAAGGAAGCCAACCAGCCAGUGUGUGGGAAGUAUCAUUGUGCUGACCCUACUUCAAGCCCUGUACCUGGUCCUGGGUUGUGACAUCAGGCAGACAUCUAGCAGGAGGCCCCUUUUGCAAUUUUGAUGAAAAUGGGACUUGUGGUCACCCCAUGCUAAAAGGACAGUUACAUAAUCCCAGGGAGAAUUCAUCUGGUUUAAGAUGUCAUAGACAGGUAGUGUGUCCGAACUUCUACAGGUUCCAAAUAUAUUUUGAUAUCUAAUACAAAACACCACAAAGCUAGGGUUACCAGAUAUCUGAACAGACAGAAGGGGGACACUAACAAAUGGAAAGGAGAACAAAUGAGAGGAAAGGAGGACAGAUUAAUUUUUAUUUUCUUGACAUCUACAACAAAAAUCAGUGCAGUGAUAAACUGCAAAAAAAAAAGAGGACCUCCCUUAUGUGUAUAUAAAAUCACCUUUCCAGGCAUUAUAAAUAUCCUUUCUUCCAGUCACAGAAAUGGGCUAGGAGGCAAAAAUAUUCAGCAAGUAAUGAUUAAAGUCUUGUCAAUUUCAGGCAGCAGCACAAGCCUGGCAGGGACUUAAUUAACUAAGGUCAUAAAACUGUGCUGGUUAACUUGUUCGAACUUAUUAGAGAAACUGUUAUGAACAGGUAUGAAGCUCAAAUUCUUUGGCCAUCUAAUGAGACAAGAGGACUCAAUGGAAAGGACCCAGAUGUUGAGAAAGAUAAGGUGACAGCAGAUGCUGAGAUGGUUAGACAGUGUCAUUAAUGCAUUGAAUAUGAAUUUGAGCAAAUUCCAGGAUAUAUAGGAGGACAGAGGGCCUGGCAUGCUAUGAUCCAUGGAGUCUCUCUAUUUUUUUAACAAUAGUCAAUUGGGGUGUUAGCUACUAAAGUGAGCUAUGAGAGGCGUAGCUCCUUAGAGGUGUUAAAAGCUUCUUCACUGAAGUUUGAACUAAUCCUAAAAAAAAUCAAAGUCCUUUAACAAUUUAAAGCCUGAGAUCAAUUUGUAGGCCAAUAUUCCAUGUCACAAAGAAGCCAACAUAUUCCAGAUAAAUACACAUUAUUAGUUAUACUAUUAUUGUAUGUGUACAACACAUACAUUUCCAUCCAGAGAAAAUAAAAGGAACUAAAUGACAACAAUGGUUCAUACUGAUUCAGAGUCCAAUUUGCAUUGUCUUAUGUCAGUUAUUUUUUACAUACUUAGGCUGCCCAUAAUAAUAAAAAUCCUUGUUUUAUGUCUGAUAGCCACUUACUGAAACUAAGCACACUAAAGCCUGGUUCAAAAUCAGGGAAUGGCUAUAGUUUAGUAGCUCAGCAAUAUUAUAUGUAUUUUUAUUUUAUUUUUUUACAAUCCCAAAUUUGGUUCCUGACUUUUUAAUUAAGAAUAUUUGUCAAUACUGUUUGGUGCUAUCUCAUGAUCAUCUGGAUGUUUGUAGCCCAGAUUUGGCAAAACUGCAAAAGAUUGCUCUACAUUGCUUCUGUUCUCUUCAUGUCCUGGCAUCAACUUAAACUAUCAUCAAUCCUGCCCAUGAUCAGAAAUAUCAAUAUUAGCUCUUUGAAGUUGGCCUAAUCAGGAAACGAGUCUAGAGUUUGAGUAGAACAUUAUCAACUGAAAUAGACUUUUGUUUCUCAAGUUGAGCAACUUUAAGAUGUGUGAACUUCAAAUGCAGCAUGAUGGCUGGAGAAUUCUGGGAAUUGAAGUCGAUACAUCAUAGAGGCUGAGGUUGAGAUUCACUUAGUUAUCAUAAAAGUGUCUUAGAAUCCUGACUGUCUUUUUCCUUUUUUCCCUCUUAUAUCCCAGGAAUCAGGGAGGAUUCAGCCUAAUACUUUCUCUGUUUUUGCACUGGUUGUUGUAAUAGUCUCUGAAUAGUUUCCUUAAGGUUUUCUUGGUGUGUCCCUAUACCCUAUAGAGCUGAGGUUGCACGGUGGUUAGAGUGCAGUACUGCAGGCUACUUCAGCUGACUGCUAGCUGCAAUUCAGCAGUUCAAAUCUCACCGGC